UCAACUUCACUCUUCUCAUCCUGCGGUGUCAUUGUCUUCUGCAUUUCUCUCAAUUUCAACAUUUUGAAAAUAUUUCUUAAAGUUAUAAAAAUCUUAGAUUAAUUAGUGAUUGUGCACUGAAUAAUUAAACAUGGCUGCUCCUGCUGCUGCUGCUCCUGAAGCAAUGAAUGUCGACGACGAGAUGGAGAAGGAAAUCCAACAAUGGUCCUCAGACGACAUGAUUAGCCGUUCCCGACUUUUAGAGAACGAGAUCCGAAUUAUGAGAAGUGAAGUGACUCGUAUUCAACACGAGUUGACCACACAACGAGACAAGAUCAGAGAAAAUACUGAAAAGAUUAAGGUCAAUAAGACGUUGCCUUACUUGGUGUCCAAUGUCAUAGAGAUUCUGGAUGUCGAUCCUCAAGAAAUGGGAGAAGAGGAUGGUGCGAAUGUGGACUUGGAUUCGCUAAGGAAAGGGAAAUGUGCUGUAAUUAAAACUUCGACACGACAAACAUAUUUUCUCCCGGUGAUUGGUCUUGUGGAUGUCGAAAAGUUGAAACCUGGCGAACUUGUUGGAGUGAACAAGGAUUCAUACUUAAUUCUGGAAAGUCUCCCAGCAGAAUAUGACGCCCGAGUGAAAGCCAUGGAAGUUGAUGAUCGACCCACGGAACAAUAUUCUGAUAUUGGUGGUCUUGAUAAACAGAUUCAAGAAUUGAUCGAGGCAGUCGUACUUCCCAUGACGCACAAAGAAAAGUUUGAAAACUUAGGAAUUCAUCCUCCAAAAGGAGUACUAUUAUAUGGACCUCCUGGAACUGGAAAGACUUUGCUGGCUCGAGCUUGUGCUGCUCAAACGAAAUCAACAUUUUUAAAGUUAGCAGGACCCCAGCUCGUGCAAAUGUUUAUUGGUGACGGUGCAAAAUUGGUUCGAGAUGCAUUCGCCUUGGCAAAGGAGAAGGCUCCAGCCAUCAUCUUUAUCGACGAACUUGACGCCAUCGGUACAAAGCGAUUCGACUCUGAGAGAGCCGGGGAUCGUGAAGUGCAAAGAACUAUGUUGGAGUUGUUGAAUCAAUUAGAUGGAUUCUCAUCUAAUGCUGACAUUAAAGUCAUCGCGGCCACAAAUCGUGUCGACAUUUUAGAUCCUGCACUCUUACGAUCUGGACGUUUAGAUAGAAAGAUUGAGUUUCCACAUCCAAAUGAAGAAGCUCGGGCUAGAAUUAUGCAAAUUCACUCCAGAAAAAUGAACGUUUCUCCGGAAGUCAACUUUGAAGAGUUGUCCCGUUCCACGGAUGAUUUCAAUGGAGCUCAGUGCAAAGCUGUUUGUGUUGAGGCUGGUAUGAUCGCUCUCCGAAGAAACGCUACGGUUGUCACUCAUGAAGAUUUUUCUGAUGCGAUUAUGGAAGUGCAAGCUAAGAAGAAGACUAAUUUAUACUACUACGCCUAGCCUUUUUGUAAAUCUAAUUUCUAUUUUAUAUUUGCACAUCAUCACCAUUAUUUAUCAUCAACUAAAUUGUGUAACAUGAAAUACAAAAUGUAAAAUUGUUUGGAUACAAACGUAACUUCUAAUCUAAAAUUUUAUAAAAUUAUAUUGCGUGGUUGUUGGAUGGAAUAAAUGAAUUGAGAGUAAGAUACGUAGAAAAUGUAA